AUGAAAGCUGCACGUAAACAUAAAAGGCCAGUAGAUGUAGGAUCAAGUGACACAGAAGCAAAGCGAAUACAAUUGUCUUCAGGAAACAAUGAGCCUAGAAUAACAUUAGAACAGUUAAAAGAGAAUGUCGAUAUCACUGCAGCAUAUUAUAAGCCUGAACUUAUGUCAAGUGGUCGAGAAGCAAUCUCAUCCAAGAUUAUCGUGGAAUUCAAGUUAUUGGACAAUGCUAAACAAGAGAUGAGUUUGAGAAUUAUCAGCGAACAUUCCAUUCGGGGUAUAUGGGGCUCAGGAAAAAGCCAUGUUAUUCGUGCCAUGGUCGAAAUUGCUCCAACAGGAAGUGCAGCAGUCUUUAUAGACGGCUACACUAUUCAUGCCUUGACUUUUUUGCAGAAGAGACAUGCGCCUAUCAAGCAACAAGACUUAGAAUUUAUCUGGAGGACGGUCCAGUAUUUAAUCCUAGAUGAAGCUAUGUUAAUGUCAGCUGAGUUGUUGAGCCAAGCAAAAGACAAACCUUUCAGCGGAGUCAACGUCAUUUUCGUGGGCAAUUUAGGUCAACUACGACCCCCAAAAUCUAAUGCACUAUAUACCCCUGCAACAACAAGUACCUUGAAAGGUCAGACAGCAUUGUAUGUUGAUACUGUUGAUGAUGUCAACUUUGCUCGAAGGAUAGCACUGGAUGAAAAUCAUCUCAGUGACUAUGAAGUAUUAAAAACAAGAAUGCUCAAUGAAAUCAAAACUUUUAAAGACGCACCAGUCAUCGUCACACAUAAGUAUUUGAGGGACGCGAUUAAUGAAUCUAAAGGGCGACAAUUUGACAUGUACUGCAUACGAGACAAGAUCAAUGGAAAAGAUGUGAUGCCUGAACAACAACGCAGGCUAUGGAGAUUGCAAACGAGUAACACAAAUGAUGCAAUUGGAAAAUUACCAUUGAUACCUGGAAUGCCUGUAAUGAUUACUGAAAAUGCCGCCACGAGCUGUAAAAUUUCAAAUAGGUUCCCGCUAUGUGCUUUAGUGGACAUCCCAGAGAGAAUAAUACCAAUUUUCGCUGUGACAAACAGCUUUUCAUUCCCUACUGGUGAGAAAAAUUUACCCAUCCUUCCAGGUUGGGCAUUUACUGAUUUCAAAGUUCAAGGAAGUUUCUUACCAAAAGUCGUGGUUGAUUUGGCAGGAGCAAAAUCAUUGCAAAGUAUAUAUGUCAUGCUGUCACGUGCAUCUCGCCUGCAAAGCAUAGCAAUAAUGCGAUGGUUUUCAUCUAAGACGUUACACGCUCAACUUCAAGGUGAUGCGCGUGCAGAAUUCAGUCGCCUUCAUCAUAUUGAGAUGAGUACACGAGAAAAUUAUCUGAGAGCAAAGAACAAUAGGAACGAAGAGGAACAACUCACAGUGUGA